AUUGCUUACUGUGUUAGCACGGUGCUGAAUAGGAGCCUGUUGUGUGAUGCAAAUGUUCAUGGAAAUGUGCCUUGUUUUGUAGCCCAAAAUACUCCAAAUUCCGACUGGGAGAAGAAGGUAACUGACUACUUCAAAGAGAAAUUAAAGGAAAAUAAUGCUACUAAUUGGGUCCCAUCGCUGAAUGAUGUUCCUGUACAUUACCUGAAGCCCAACAGUUUAGUGAAAUUUCGCUGUAUGGUUCAAGAUAUGUUUGAUCCUGAGUUUUAUAUGGGUGUAUAUGAAACAGUUGACCCAAACACAAACGCACGUGUUUUGCAUUUUGGUAAAUACAGAGAUGUGGCAGAAUGUGGGCCACAGCAGGAAAUUGAUAUGAACUCCUCACAAACAGUCACCUUGGAAAGACAGACAUUCUACUGCGUUCCAGUGCCUGGUGAAUCAGCCUGGGUGAAAGAAGCGUAUAUCAGUGCCAGCCAAGCUCGAGUCAGUCCUUCAACAUCCUACACACCAAGUCGCCACAAGAGGAGCUAUGAGGAAGAUGAGGACAUGGAACAACAUCCAUCUAAACAGAAAGAGCAACACAUGGGCAGUGGAGGUGAUAGUCAUGGAUGUGGGGAGCCAAAAAGACUAGAAACUGAAGCUUCUGCAGGUCAUCAUCUCAUUUCUCCCAACUGUUCACCUCCUCUUGACUUAAAUUUUCCAUUGCCAGGGGAGAAAGGACCAGCAUGUCUUGUAAAGGUGUAUGAGAGCUGGGAUACCUUCAAAGUCAAUGAUGUUCUGGAGGUGUAUGGUAUUUUGUCUGUGGAUCCAGUGCUGAGUAUAGUGAACAAUGAAGAGAGGGAUAGCUCAACCCUCGAUCCUAUGGAGUGCAUGGACACAGCAGAAGAGCAGAGAGUUCACAGUCCUCCAUCCUCAUUAGUCCCCAGAAUCCAUGUGAUUUUGGCACAUAAAUUGCAACAUCUUAAUCCAUUACUGCCUGCUUGCCUUAAUGAAGAAGAGAGUAAAACCUUUGUGUCUAAUUUCAUGUCUGAGCUGUCACCAGUUAGAGCAGAGUUGCUUGGGUUCCUCACACAUGCCCUCUUGGGAGACAGUUUAGCUGCUGAGUACCUUAUAUUGCAUCUCAUCUCUACAGUUUAUGCGAGACGAGAUGUGCUUCCUCUGGGAAAAUUCACAGUCAACUUGAGUGGAUGUCCAAGGAACAGCAUCUUCACAGAGCACAUCUACCGCAUCAUCCAGCAGCUCGUCCCAGCUUCCUAUCGCCUACAAAUGACGAUUGAAACCAUGAACCAUUCACGAUUUAUCCCACGCAAAGACUACACAGCUAAUCGCUUGGUCAGUGGAAUACUGCAGCUCGCCAGCAACACUUCCCUUGUCAUAGAUGAGACUCAGCUUGAGCAAGGACAGCUUGACACAAAAGGUGUGCAGAAUGUAAAAGCAUUGGGUAAUCUGAUAACUUGGCAGAAAGUGGAUUAUGACUUCAGUUACCACCAGAUGGAAUUCCCAUGCAAUAUUAACGUUCUUAUCACCUCAGAGGGCCGAUCGCUCCUACCGUCAGAUUGUCAAGUCCAGUUACAACCACAGAUAAUUCCACCAAACAUGGAGGAGUAUGUGAACAGCCUCCUAACUGCAGUGCUCCCUUCUGUGUUGAACAAAUUUCGAAUUUACCUAAGUUUACUGAGACUGCUGGAUUAUAGCAUAUCUGAUGAAGUGACGAAGGCAGUUGAAGAAGACUUUGUAGAGAUGCGCAAGAAUGACCCCGAGAGCAUAACUGCUGAUGACCUGCACAGAACACUGCUUGUAGCAAGGUUCCUGUCUCUCAGCGCGGGGCAGACGACACUGUCAAGAGAGAGGUGGCUGAGAGCAAAACAACUGGAGGCACUGCGUAAAGCCAGACUUCAGCAGCAAAAGUGUGUUAAUGGAAAUGAACUUUAAUGUUUUGUGGAUGUCAUGAUAAAAAUUUGUCUAAUCCUAGAUGGAACCCAUACUAAGAUUGGGAUAUUGUUUAUACCAGUUUUUUUGUAGAUAAUUUAUACCAAGAUAUUAUGGAUAUUUACCCUUGCAAUCUGAACACACUAUCUCUGUUCAGCCAGCUAAACAUAUUUUAUGAAAUUUUUUUGGAGCCUGUUUUGUAAUUGAGAAUUGGUAACACUGAGCAAAUGAUUUGAUAUUAAAGUUUAAUACUGAA